AUGGCCACCGAUGACCUCUACAAUCUCGAGUUCCUCUCUCUCGUCGCAAAGAUUACCCAGGAAAUUAACAGCCACCUGGGUAUAAACGACAAAACAGUAGCUGAAUUCAUCAUCGACUUGCACGACCAAUGUAAAGCCAACCUCACCGAGUUCAAGAAGAAGUUGCACGAGAUGGAGGCUGGGUUUACCGACUCCAACAUCGAGAACAUCGACCGGUUGAUCCUGACGAUGCACCCAAAGCAUAAAAAGGCCAGGAAGUCCAAGAAGGAGGCAAAAGGAGAGAAAGAGGAUGGAGAUGUGUUGGACGAGCAGGAGAAGACGAGGCGGCUCUUCCCUGGUCUUGCGAUUCAGAACAAAGAGCCUCCACCGGCUGUUGACGACGAUGUGUUCCUAAAGGAGCUGGGAGAUAUUGUGUCGGGGAAGAAAACGAGGCAAACCUCGCAUUCUGAGGAACCACCCGCGAAACGUCAGCGCAGGAGUCGUUCCCCUUCACCUUAUCGAGGUCGGAGUCCUGGACGUGGCGGGUAUGAUAGGAGAGAUAGGGAUGAUAGAUACGAUAGAAGACCUGGGAGGGCGCAGUUGGACGAGCGACCGGUGGUGUUCAAGAUUUACGAGGGAAAGGUAGCGGGCAUCAAGGACUUUGGUGCUUUCGUCCAAUUGGAGGGGGUCGCUGGUCGUGUUGAAGGUAUGGUUCAUGUUUCCAAUAUUCAGGCUGGUGCAAGAGCCAACUCGGCGGCGGAUCUCCUGAGCAGAGGGCAGCGUGUCAAGGUCAAAGUUAUGAGUGUUGCCGGCGGACGGAUCGGUCUUUCAAUGAAGGAUGUCGACCAAGUCACUGGACGGGACCUUACACCACACUUGCGUAUCAAAUCGGAGGCAGAGAUGGAGGAGGAGAGGGCUCGAGCAGCUCGUGCUAGUUCAGGUGCCAACGCACUGCCCCUCAAUUCAAAGGACGAUAAACCUGUACGGUCGACGAAGCGGCUAACUUCCCCCGAACGAUGGGAGCUCAAGCAGCUUAUCUCCUCUGGUGCUCUGAACCCAGCAGACUACCCAGAGUUGGAGGAAGACCUUCACGACCCUAUCGCUCGCGCAGAAGUGGAAGAGGAGCUGGACGUCGAGAUCCGAGAAGACGAACCGCCUUUCCUUGCUGGACAAACGAAACGAACACUUGACCUGAGUCCCGUCAAAAUUGUCAAAGCACCUGACGGCUCUCUCAAUCGCGCUGCCUUGGCUGGUGCGGCUCUGGCAAAAGAACGUAGGGAACUCAGGCAACAAGAGGCUAAUGAAGAAGCUGAUUCGCAAGCACGCGAUUUCAGUCAGCCUUGGUUGGAUCCUAUGUCAAAGGAGGGGGACAAGCUGUUUGCACAGGACCUGAGGGGCAAUCUGCGGAGUCAGAAAGCUAGCGAGGUUCCGUCAUGGAAGCAGUCGAGUUUCAACAAGGCGACAACGUUCGGUGAGAUCACCACGUUGAGCAUCCAGGAGCAGAGGAGGUCGCUUCCUAUCUACAAGCUUAGGGACCCGUUGUUGAAGGCCGUAGAAGAGCAUCAAGUCCUCAUUGUCGUCGGUGACACGGGUUCAGGAAAGACCACACAAAUGGUGCAAUACCUCGCCGAAGCGGGAUACGCAGAUAAAGGCCGUAUUGGCUGCACCCAACCUCGUCGUGUGGCUGCGAUGUCGGUGGCCAAACGUGUGGCAGAAGAGGUGGGUUGUCGCCUCGGCCAAGAAGUCGGAUAUACCAUUCGUUUCGAGGAUUGCACAAGUCCAGAAACGAGAAUCAAGUACAUGACGGACGGUAUGCUUCAAAGAGAAUGCUUGAUCGACCCGCUAUGUAGUCAGUACUCGGUGAUCAUGUUGGACGAGGCCCACGAACGGACGAUUGCCACUGACGUUCUGUUCGGUUUGCUUAAGAAGGCCGUCAAGAAACGACCUGAUCUAAAACUCAUUGUCACCUCCGCCACUUUGGACGCUGAGAAGUUUUCAAAAUACUUCUUUGGAUGUCCCAUCUUCACCAUUCCCGGUCGCACAUACCCUGUCGAAAUUCUCUACACCAAAGAACCCGAGAGCGAUUAUCUCGACGCCUCCCUUAUCACCGUCAUGCAAAUCCACCUUUCUGAACCUCCCGGCGAUAUCCUUCUUUUCCUAACGGGUCAAGAAGAGAUUGACACGGCAUGCGAGAUCCUCUUCGAGCGUAUGAAGGCACUCGGCCCCAAAGUACCUGAACUCAUCAUCCUCCCCAUCUACUCCGCGCUCCCUUCGGAAGUCCAAUCCCGUGUGUUCGAACCUACACCCCCAGGAGCACGUAAAGUCGUCAUUGCCACCAACGUCGCUGAAACCAGUUUGACGAUCCCCGGUAUCUACUACGUCAUCGACCCCGGCUUCUCUAAGCAGAACGCGUACGAUCCGAGAUUGGGUAUGGACUCGCUCGUCGUCAUGCCUAUCUCCCAAGCGCAGGCUCGACAGCGUGCUGGUCGUGCCGGACGUACGGGCCCUGGAAAGUGCUAUCGACUUUACACCGAAGCGGCCUUUAGGAAUGAAAUGUUGCCCAACUCGAUCCCUGAUAUCCAGAGGACGAACUUGUCGGCAACGAUUCUCCAGCUCAAGGCCAUGGGUAUCAACGAUUUGCUCAGCUUCGAUUUCAUGGACCCGCCACCAGCACAGACCAUGUUAACAGCACUGGAAGGGUUGUAUGCCUUGUCGGCACUCGACGACGAGGGUCUUCUGACUCGUUUGGGUCGCAAGAUGGCGGACUUCCCUAUGGAGCCUCCUCUCGCCAAGAUGCUUAUCGCCUCCGUCGAGUUGGGAUGCUCAGAGGAGAUUCUCUCUAUUGUCGCGAUGUUGUCGGUGCAGAGCGUGUUCUACCGGCCGAAGGAGAAGCAGGCUCAGGCAGACUCCAAGAAGGCCAAGUUCCAUCAGCCAGAGGGUGACCAUCUUACGCUGUUGACGGUGUAUAAUGGUUGGAAGGCGGCCAACUUCUCUAACCCUUGGUGUUAUGAGAACUUCAUUCAGGCGAGGAGUAUGAGGAGAGCGCAGGACGUCCGGAAGCAGUUGCUUGGUAUCAUGGACAGGUACAAGCACGAUAUCCUUUCUGCAGGCCGAGAUUACAACAAAGUACGAAAGGCCAUUUGCUCAGGUUUCUUCCGAAACGCGGCCAAGAAGGAUCCUCAAGAAGGCUACAAGACCCUCGUCGAGGGCACACCAGUCUACAUCCACCCUUCCUCUGCACUGUUCAACCGCGCUCCUGAAUGGCUCGUCUACCACGAAUUGGUCCUCACAACACGAGAGUACUGCCAUAACGUAACCGUUGUCGAGCCCAAGUGGUUGGUGGAGGUCGCACCGCAGUUCUUCAAGGUUGCGGAUGCGAACAAGAUCAGUAAGAGGAAGAAACAGGAGAAGAUCGAGCCGCUGUACAACAAGUACGAGAAACCCGACGAAUGGCGGUUGUCCAAAAUCAAGCGCAGUGCACGAUCGAGUCAAACAUUCGGUUGA